CCUUCUCCGAGAUCCCCAUGGCCACCCCACGGUGGGCUCACCCCUCGGUGCUGCUACGCCUCUUCCUCCGCCGCCGCCUCCGCGGCGGCUUCCCGUGAUCGGAGCUCGAAGAAAACCCUAGCUUACCUCCUCGCCCUGGCGGCGGCCAUGGUCGGCGCCUCCUACGCCGCCGUCCCCCUCUACCGCCGCUUUUGCCAGGCCACCGGCUACGGCGGCACCGUUCGCCGCCGCGAGAGUGUGGAGGAGAAGAUCGCGCGCCACUCCCGAGAUGGGACGACGACGUCGAGAGAGCUUGUUGUUCAGUUCAAUGCUGAUGUUGCUGAUGGAAUGCCAUGGAAGUUUGUUCCUACACAAAGAGAGGUCCGGGUUAAACCAGGUGAAAGUGCUCUUGCAUUUUAUACUGCCGAAAAUCUCAGCUCGACUCCGAUUACUGGUGUUUCCACAUACAAUGUUACACCAAUGAAGGUAAAAUAUCAUUCUUAUUUUGGAAAAUUAAUGAUGAUAUGCUUGUUAUUCUUGAUAACAUCAUUUGUUUUAAUUUUUAAUGAAGUGUGGAUUCAAUUUCCUUGUCAUUAUUCAUGUACUGUAGUUUGUUGGGCUUUUACAGCCGAUCAUCAAUGAUCAGCAGAUUUUUUUCUUUUGAAAAUUGAAAAUUGCCUUAGUAGUUCAAGUCCUUGUUUGUUCCAAAAUACAGUUCUCUUUCCGUGUAUGCAUACAACAUUUGGACAUAGAUGGAUGUAUUUAUGAGUGUAGAUAUGCAUGUAUAGGUUUUAACCACAAACUUGAUGCUAAAUCCUUUUGUAAAAAAGAAAGAAAAUAGUGGCCCGGAAUUCUUGUUGAUCAUUGAAUUUUAUCAUUUUUUAUCUCCAUAACUAGAAUUAUAUGGAGGGUGGAAACAGAAGAAUCACAUAUCAUCUAGAUGCUACAUAUAGAUUUGGAUAACCCUGAAACUAUGGCAUCGUAUCUGGCAUAUGAACAAAUUUACAACAGCUUAUUCUUGGUAUAAUUUGUUGAUUGGCAGGAGGUCUUACAUCAAGUUUUCAGGUUAUUAGCUACUCUAUGCUUUAUAAUUUUAAUGUAGCUCUCAUAUGUUGAGAGACUUGUUUGUUGCAUUUAUUCUUAAAUUCAUAUGGAUUAACACCUCUUGCAAGACAAACUUGUAGUUUUCGAAGCCUUUUGAACUUUAAUCCACCGUCUGAUGAUAUAUAUGAAGCAUGAAUUUUUGCUCAACUUAAAUUGCCCUCAUGCAUAUUGAUACUACUAGCAUCACAAUCUAUACGUAGGCUAAGCAUUCACGAUUUCUAAUAGAAAACAAGUUUAACUAAUUAGAUGGCU